ACUCCUCCUGUCGAUAUAUAGGUGAAGGCUGCCUUUGGAAAUUUAUGAAUUCCUAGUUCCCUUGGCUUUUUGUUAUCAUUUCAAUUGUUCUUCAAAAAAAUUCCCAAGAAAAUCUUGAAAAUGGCUGACAAAACCAAGAUUUUGAUCAUUGGAGGAACCGGGUACAUUGGCAAAUUCAUAGUGGAAGCAAGCGCAAAAUCUGAGCACCCCACUUUUGCUCUGGCUAGGGAGAGCACAAUUUCUGAUCCUGUUAAAGGAAAAAUCAUUCAGGGCUUCAAGAAUUCAGGUGUCACCAUACUUUCGGGCGAUUUAUAUGAUCAUGAGAGCUUGGUGAAGGCUAUAAAGCAGGUGGAUGUGGUUAUAUCAACAGUUGGUCAACUUCAAUUAGCUGAUCAGGUUAAGAUCAUUGCUGCCAUUAAAGAAGCUGGAAAUGUCAAGAGAUUCUUUCCAUCGGAUUUCGGAACUGAUGUAGAUCGAUGUCACGCUGUGGAGCCAGCCAAGUCUUCGUUCGAGAUCAAGUCCCAAAUUCGCAGGGCCAUCGAGGCAGAAGGAAUUCCUUACACCUUUGUAUCAGCUAACUACUUUGCAGGCUAUUCCCUUCCAACACUGGUGCAGCCAGAAGUCACUGCUCCACCCAGAGAUAAAGUCAUUAUCUUAGGCGAUGGAAAUGCCAAAGCUGUUUUCAACGAGGAAAACGACAUUGGCACAUACACCAUCAAAGCCGUGGACGACCCAAGAACAUUGAACAAAAUCCUCUACAUCAAGCCUCCCAAAAACAUAUAUUCAUUCAAUGAACUUGUUGCUUUGUGGGAGAAGAAGAUUGGUAAAACCCUAGAGAAAAUUUAUGUACCAGAGGAACAAGUUCUCAAACAGAUUCAAGAAUCUCCGUUUCCCAUCAAUAUUGUAAUGGCAAUCAACCACUCAGCAUUUGUGAAGGGCGAUCUGACAAAUUUUAAAAUUGAACCAUCUUUUGGAGUUGAGGCUUCAGAGCUUUAUCCAGAUGUUAAAUACACCACUGUGGAGGAGUACCUUGAUCAAUUUGUUUAAAUUAUUAAUUACUUCUACUUGUUGGCGAAGUGUGUAUUGUCGAGACAAACUAUUGUAUAACUAUUCAAAAAUGUUUAAAUAAAUAAGCUCAUCUCUUUUUUAAUAGGGAUGAGGUAGUUCAAUGUA